CAAUUUCCAAACAACAAUUCCUCGUACCUUUUCCCUUCUUGCAUAGAAAAAAAAAGGAAAAAAAAAAGAAAGAAAACUCUGCUCUCCAAUCUUCAAUAAAAAACAAAAUAUUGAUGUUUUAAUGGAGACUAAAGGUGGUAAGAAGAAAUCUUCUUCUAAUAUUAGCAAUAAUAAUAAAAAUAUAAAUAAUAGCCAUAUCCAAUACGAAGCUCCUCUUGGUUAUAUUAUUGAAGACGUUCGUCCCAACGGUGGCAUUGAAAAAUUCCGUUCUGCUGCUUAUUCCAACUGCGUGAGGAAGCCAUCCUGAUAAUCCCUUUAUUCCAAUUAUUUUCACCAAUAAUCCGUAACUUUUUAAAAUAAUUCUCAUUUUUAAAAGUUCUGGUUUUCAUCUUUUACUACUACUAAAAUGGCUAGUGCUACUACUGUUUCUGCUAUUUGUUUCGAAGGCUAUGAAAAGCGCCUAGAGAUCACAUUCACCGAGCCACCCAUGUUCACUGACCCAAACGGGCUCGGUUGCCGAGCCCUGACUCGGUCACAACUCGACUCGAUCCUCGAACCCGCUUGUUGCACCAUAGUGGCACACCUCUCCAACACCGAGUUCGAUUCGUAUGUACUCUCCGAGUCGAGUUUAUUUAUUUACCCUUUAAAAAUCAUUUUAAAAACUUGUGGGACCACAAAAUUGCUUUUGUCAAUUCCUCAGAUUUUAAAACUCGCCGAGUCACUCUCACUCGGUGUUGACUCGGUCAAGUACUCUCGUGGAACUUUUAUUUUUCAAAAUUCCCAACCUGCCCCUCACCGUAAUUUUUCUGAAGAAGUGGCAUUUUUGAAUAUGUUUUUCAAAAACGGCCAUGCUUAUGUACUCGGCGAUCUGAACUCGCCGAGUCGGAACUGGCAUGUGUACGUGGCAAAUGUGGGCCCACGUAAGUUGACCAAUCGGAUGGAUGGGAUUACUCUGGAAAUGUGCAUGACAGGCUUAAAAAGAGAGAAAACGGCCGUCUUUUUCAAAAAAUUGGGAGAGGAUUCUUAUAAAAUGACCAAAAUGUCCGGGAUAAGUGAAAUAAUUCCGAGUCAUGAGAUUUGUGAUUUUGAGUUCGAGCCUUGUGGAUAUUCUAUGAAUGGGAUCGAUGGUACAACGUACUCUACGGUGCACGUGACACCAGAGGAUGGGUUCAGUUAUGCCAGCUAUGAAGCCAUGGGGUUAGACCUUGGGUUCGUCGGGCUCGAGCCGUUGAUCAAGAGGGUGCUAAUGUGUUUUGAGCCGGCUGAGUUUAGUGUGGCCAUCACGUGCCAUGGUGGGUCCCAAGGGGAUAUUUUUGCUGACGUGGAUGGUUACUCGUGUGACAGUUGUGUCAAGCAAGAUUUGCCAAGUGGUGGGUACAUAGUCUACCGGUGUUUCACCGUGGCGGCCGAUGCGGAGAAAGGACGCGCGGUCCGCUCUGCCGCCAACUCUGAUUCCAAGGCGGCGGACCACUCCGAUUCCAAGAUGGUGGCGCAUUGCCGGAAGGAAUCGGCGGAGGCGGCAACUGCCUUUUGUUGUGUUGGUUCUUGCUUAGCAUAGUGUUUACAACCCAAUCAGAUUUGUUAGUUAUGUUUAGGGUUUAAUGAUUGGCAUGUUGUAGCAGCAGUUUGUUAAUAUUUUCAUUUUUAGUUUAAUUAGUUCCUUGUGUUUUGGAGUAAAUGGACUUGUAGUCCUACUCAAUCCAGUCCAGUCCAGUCCAGUCUUCUCUUUGUAGUAGUUAUUUGUCUGUGCCUUGAUGUGAGGCUACUCAAUUAGUGUUUGUUACUGCAAAGACUAUGCUUGUUCCCAUGAAUUAAAAUUUGUAACUUUUAAAACGCAUGAAGGAGAGCCUUGGAGCAACAGUGAAGUGAUAUUGUCUUCGUGUGAUCUAUAUAUAGGUCACAUGUUCGAACCGUGAAAGCAGUCACUAAUGCUUGUAUUAAGGUAAGUUGUCUACAUCACACUCUUUGGGGUGCGGCCCUUCCCCAUAAGACCCUACGUGAAAGCAAAAUGCCUUGUGUAUCGGUGUAAUACCUUACAUUAAAUAAGUUUACUUCUUUCUAA